AAGAAAUGAAGUGAAGAAUCAAGUGGUUUACUUGAAUUUAUCAGUUUUAGUAGAAUUCUUAUGCAAAGUUCAAAUUGUGUCUGGUUACAAAAACCGAGACCGGCUGCGAGAAGGCAGAUAGAUAGACAAUGGCCGGUGCCCGACGAAUGUCCCCAGAGAAAAUAGACUAUGUCAGAUAUGCAAUAUGAAAGAGAUAGGAGAUGAAUUUCAUUAUCUGUUCAAUUGUAAUGAUGAUGAUCUAAAACAAACAAGAACAUUAUUCAUGACAAGCUAUUACUACAAAAACCCAAUAAUUAUAAAUUUGAACAACUUUUUGAUACACAAAACAGAAGUAAAUCAAUCAGAAGUAAAUAAAUCAUUCAAUCGAUCAAUUGAAGUAAAUUCAUCAAAAUCAUUUCUGAGUUAGUAUGUUCUCCAGGUUACUCAAUCUAUCCGUGGACAACAUUACAUUCUCGUUUGUUUUUUCUAACCCCCCCCCCCCCAUAUACUUUUACCACGUCUUACAUGUAUAUCUAUAUUAUGUUCCUUUUGCUUACUUCUCUAUACUGUGAAUUAGCUGAAGAGAAUGAAAAUAUUUGUCAUUGCGAAUGCUUUAACAACCGAGUUAACAGAUCCUCAAAGCAGAGUUAAAGGUCGAAAAAUAUUCAUAGUAAAUCAUUGAUCAACAAGCAACAUGAGGUAUAGCUGACAGCUUAAAUUUCCGUCCGGUUUUCCACUUGAUGAUGGUACUUUGUAACACAGCGACAGUUGUGAAAGAUAGAGAUAGGUCAUCUCAAGGUUGUUAAACGUGCAGUACAAUGUUUCACAAUCAUAUCGUAUUGAUGUGCUAUUUUGUAGCUAUAUUCUCUAACAAAGCUAAUUCAUAUGGAUGCUCAAUUGGAAAUAUUACAGAAGACGCACCAGGGUGUUGUGUUAAUUUCUACAGAGUCAACAAUUUUUGUCAAGAAUGUCGCCCUGGAUUUAUUGGAUAUAACUGUGAGUCUGCAUGUCCUUACCCGUGGUACGGACAGCUCUGUAUAUAUAGGUGUCAGUGCCCGGAGUCUGAGUGUAACCACCAGUACGGAUGUGCACCAUCUACUUCCCCUGCAUAUAGAGGAAUUUCAACGGAUACCAUCUCCUGGUCUAGUGACGAAGCAACUUUGAUGUCCUCGACGUCUACAGUAAAAGUCAAAGAAAAAACAGCGCAAGAAAGAUUUGAGUCAAGAACAGUGCAUUAUUUCACGUCCUUGGCCUCUACAGUGAAAGUCAAAGAAAAGACAACGCAGAUAGUAUUGUGUAAAGAUACUUCUUCUGAAUUAGAUAAUACAAUAAUAAUAACAUCCGGGGCACUGAUAAGUCUAGUUUUGAUACUAAUGAUCAUUUGGGAAAUAUGCAGAUAUCGCACAUUUUUAGGUCUGCGUCCGAUGAAUGAUGUAUCGUAUAGAAUUCAUGAAGUAAACGACAUUUACAUAGAAAUUAAUGAAGUCAUCGUUACCGAAGGUUUCCACGAGGAUAAUGAUAUUACAAGUUCUAAAGAAUGUAUCGAAGACGGACAUACACCUUUAACUGAGAAGGGGGAAGACAGGUCUGAAGAUGUUUAUAGCACUGUGUGUAAGGAGAAAACUUUAUUUAAGAAAGAAGUCAAAGAUGAUGGAAAACAGGAACACAAGCGUCACAUUUGAGAUAAAAGAGAGACACUUCCGUUGGUAAACGAUGAAAAUCUUCAUGAACAUGCAUUUGUUGACAUCGUUCAAAAUAGCAAUGGGAGGAAGCAGGGACCAUUUUUUGACUUGCAAAACUACAUGGAAUCAACCACAAUAAAUUGUUUUCAUGUGGAUGAUGAAGAUGAAUGUUCUGAUAAUAUUUACGUAAAUGCCAAGACUGAAUCAACUUAUCUUUAACGUUAGACUAUAGUCAGAACACAUCUAUAAAACGUUAAGAAAACCAUUUUAUGCAUAUCAUAUAUAGACUAAUUGAAACAUGUGGUGUGUGUAUGCAUUGUAUCACCAUAUCUUCAAUGUGUCGACCACAUUGUUUAUCGAAUAAGAAAAUAUGUACUAUUGUUAAAGAUUGAUGCUUAAUUUGUUUGAGUUUAUGUUCGUCCGAUGAUUCAAUUGGUGACAUAACGUCACUUGUGUUACACCACGUCCAAUGUAACAUUUGGGGUGUUGACUAUGCGACGACCGGGAUGUUCACCUUUCACCGCUUUGGAACUGGACAAGGCGAGUUCAUUUCCAUUUUUUGUCUGAUUAGAUUGAUUAAUGCACGGAAGGAAGGCAUAAUCAGUUUUUUUAACUAACGACAUAGUAGAUAUAUCCCUGUGAGCUCGAAAUAAAAGACACCACAGAGUCGUCCACUUCUGCUUCAUAUUUAGAUAUUUUAUUGAAAGUAGACAUUAAAGGCAAACUGACAACUCAAAUGUAUUACACACGGGAUGAUUUCAGCGUCUCCGUUGUCAACUUCCCAUAUAAAUGUAGCACAUUUCCAUUAUCACCUGCAUAUGGUGUUGAUAUCUCUCAACUCAUUCGAUACGCAAGAACUUGUUCUGCGUAUGAUCAGUUUUUAAAUCGAGGCAAGCUAAUGACAAACAAGUUGAUGGUACAGGGGUUUCAAGAGUCUCGAUUGAAAUCAGCAUUUCGGAAAUUCUAUGUUCGUUAUAACGAUCUAGUUCGUCAAUACAACCUAUCAUGAGAUUGUUGGAACCCCUACAGUAACUUCUGCCUCAUCAGAAUAGAAAAACAGGUCAGCUAAGAUUGGAGUACAAUUUGUAUUCAUGGGUGUUCCAAUUGACUCUUGGAAGACCUGAUUACCAAAGACUACGAAUAUAUUGUCGACAAGGAACUCCAGUAUAUUAUUUUUUAUUUCAACCAAAGUACUUGUGCGUGGAAUCGGAGUGCCGUUUUUAAGGACUGCUUAAUAGAUUUGGAUAUUUCCUUUUUCUAUUUUUGUUGAAGAAACACAUGUCUAUGAUAAAAAAAGUCUAGUCUUUGAUUUAUUGUAAGGAAUGGUCAUAUAAAGUGGUGGAAAGUCUUACGGCUUUCAUGUUGUUGAUUUGAGAAAAGUUUUGCGUGUUCUAAAUAUUAUAUCUGUAAAAUAAAAUUCGUUGGCAACUUAAGUACAGAAAAGCUAUAAAAGAUACAAAUGUAGAUAAAGCUUGCAUUUAAAAGCAUUUUUAAGGGAUAGGUGGUUGGCUACCAAAAUUUAUAAGAAUAUAAUUCAUAUUUGUUUUCAUAAUUACAUAUUUAUUUUGUACUUAAUAUUGUUGAUCGGAAAAUUCAUCGACAUUUUAAUAAUAUAUAUAGGUGUUGUUCAGACAUUAUGAUAAUAUUGUAUUCAGGGCCAUUCCAGUGGAACUAAAAGUAUUGUUUUUGUGUUUGGAAAUGAUAUUGUGCGUUGAAAAUAACCAACCAAUUUUCCUACUAAAAAUCUAUUUGUUAUUUUAAAAUAUGGAAAAAAGAAAUAGGAAUUUCUCAACCAGCUAAAGAAGCAACUAGUUUGUUAUUUGGUUAGUCCCCCUCCCCAAUUUUACAACUGUUUCAAAAAUCAUACAAGGUAUAUAGAGGUAACAACUUUCCAGAAUUUGAAGAAAUUUGUAAAAUCACUGAUUUUCAAACAUAAAUCAGUCUAAGCGUAGUGCUUAAAAUUCAAUCAAAAAUUGUUUUCAGCUCUUAUAGAACUCCCAUAUAUACAAUAUUUGUAUAAAAAAUAUGUCAUCGGGCUCUCAGUGAUAACGGAAAACAACAAUUAUGUAAAUAAUUGCAUUUAUGUGUUGAAUGCUGUUUUUUGUAUGUAAAUAUUAGUAAGUUAAUAUACUUUUUGAAAUGUUUGUAACUCUGUGGCUUUGAUUUUUCUUUAUGUGUAAUGUUACUGGUCUUCUCCCAGGCCUUGCAGGUGUCAGGUGUCAUAUUAUGUAACUUUUCCCAGUUCUGCAGUUGCGGCAGACUUGUUACGCAAUUCCGAAAAUUUCCAUGACCAAAUCUUACCCCCUUGUCUGAUAACAGCCAAUCAAAAUUUAUUAUCGUUGUCACGUGUUUUGAUGCUGUCGGUAACUGACCAUUCAGCCUUGGAUCAUUAUCACUUCAUCGAAGCUAUUGAUAGCAUCAAAAAAUUUGGCACACCCACCACUACCCCAUCCUUUCCUACCUUACUUGCAAUGAUAUGUUGUAUUUUUGAUGUGUCAUCUUUUUGCUGUAGACCUAAUCAAUUUUAUAAUUUUUGCAAAUAUUGUUCUUCCGUUAAUUUAGGGGAUCAGCAUAUUGAUAUGUCAUUAUGUAUUGUGUGAAUAGUUUUUGUUCUGAUCCCCUUAUUAUAUUAUGUAUAUAUUUUUCCUUAUUUGCGUCAUUUGAAUAAAUGACAUAUUUCAUCUCUA